AUGGAAAAAAGCCAGAGUACUACCACCUUUAUCUAUGACUUUGUGGAGAGCUUCAAAGGACCUCACCCAGGUUAUGCAAAACUCAGUGGACGCCCACAGGCAGGCCAGCCAACCAACCUGAUGCUCUCAGUGAUGGGUAGAAAAGGUCCGUCCUCGAUUACUAUUGGAGAAGUUGGCCUGGUAACCGUGUCUGGUACUGAGGCUCUUAGCAAUGGCACAACUACUGACAUGGGCAACGGAGACAUCCUGGUGACUGUUGAUGUGGCCCCCGAGGGAGAGUUUGUGGUCAUUCUGAAAGGAACUGACAAAGAGUCAAACAGUAAAUUUCAGAGGCAGUCUACCACCCAGAUGUUUGUCUCCAAAGUGAACAUACAGGCUAUGGUGGACAGCAGUGUGGAGCCAGGGAAAGCCUUUGAGCUCCCUUUCAGUGUCAUGACCCAGGGCUCUGGUGGUCAAUACAUCAUCAGUGCUAGAAAUGACAGAAACUUCCCCAUGUCCUACCCAAACCGCCUUGAUUUGACAACCGGACAACAUGCUAAUGGUACUUUGACUAUUACACCAUCUGUUGACACACCAUCGGGCACCGGCGUUACUCUGUCUCUGGAAGCCAAGUCACCCAGUGGCGGUGAAUCUAAUUACGCUGUUCUUAGAAUCUCUGUUGUUACCAAGAUUACAAAUUGUAUUCAGCCUCUGUGUGAAGUGGUUAGCGUACUGGCUGAUGCUUGUCCUAAAGACGUAUCUCAGUGUAAACCUUUCCAGUGGGAGCUAUCAGCCAACCUUACAGAUGGAAAUGGCACCGGGAUACAGAGCAUUUCCCUGCGUGAAGGCGAUGGAACCCUCUCAUACACCUCCCUGAGCUCUCCCAUCGUCCAGGCGAACUACAAUGCUUCCUGCUGUUCACAGAUUGUCGAGUUUAUAGCUGUUGAUAAAGCUGGCAAUGUGGGAAAGUGCUAUCACUCCAUUGUACAUUCUGCUGGCCCUCCUUCUCUGACUCUGUCUCUGCCUCUGUGGCUGUGCCUGUUGGUAUCUGUAUUUGUAGUAAAAACUUGAAGAAGCUUUGGUUUCUCAGAAUCUCAUGUCUUUUGUAGAGGUGGACAGGGAACGUCUAGUCCAGUCUUUUUAAAUUCCAAAUAUCAAUAUCAACCAGUAUUUGUCAGGCUACAUUUAAUAGUCCACCUUUUAUGACUCUAUGUAUCACAAUGUGCUUCAACUAUGGAGGAACACUUUCUACUGGUGGUGGUUAUCUUCUGCUAAUCAUGAGCACUGAUGAGGAAUUGAAUGUUAACUCUAUACUUUGUUCGAAUAAAAAGUAGAAAACAUGUAUUUGUAUUGCAUGUUUGAAUAUUUUUGUCAUAUGUUUAUGGAUAUCUUUGGUUCAUUGGACAUGUUUCACAGUUAUUCACAUUCCUGUAACAUUUCUUUAGAAGUGCUGAAAUGGGUAUAUAGCUUUGAGGCCUUGCAUGGCAUUGACAUGUCAGUGAGCCACCUUUGUGUUGUAAAUACGCUGAUAUGGCAGGAGCAUGUAUGAGAGAGGAUUAAAGAGGUUGUUGACAAUGCCACUUGGGGGAAUUUCAUCCCCAGGAAAUUAUGAAAAUGAAUUGGUUAUUGGUUGAUCUUAAUACCCUGUAUAAGAACUAUAAUAUCAUUUUGUGUUGACAUU